ACUUUACGUUUCAGUGUCACUGAGGCUGUUCUUCUUCUUAUGCACCAUUUCAUAACACUUUAAAAAGUGUCACUAUCUAUGCUCCUCUUUAUACAACUGCUUCAUUCAUCUCAUUUCCCCCACACUAUUUAAGACACAUUUAUGUUUGUGAUGAAGAGAACAAACUCUAGUUAAGAGUUGUAGAGAUUUUCUUAACCGGAUAAUCUAUCUAUCUAUAUAUCUAUCUAUCUGUUUAUCUGCGUGUUGUUUGUACGAUCGAACAAUGACGAUACGGAAGGAUGUGACAGUGGCGGCAGCGACGGUGGCGAGUGUGGUGGUGAUGGGGUGGUUGUCGUUGGUGGUGAUGGGAAAUCCGAUGCUUCAUAAGGUGGGAGGCUCCAAAGGUUGGAUCAAUCAUGAUGUCAACUACACUCAAUGGUCUGCUCAACAACAUGUCUAUGUUGGAGAUUGGCUUUUGUUCAAGUUUGACAAAAGAUACUUCAAUGUUCUGGAGGUGAACGAGACAAGCUACGAGAAUUGCAUAGACAGAGACUUCAUAAGCAACGUGACAAGAGGUGGUCGUGAUGUGGUGCAGAUGACAGAGGCAAGGACCUAUUACUACCUCUCAGGUGGAGGCUACUGUUUCCAUGGCAUGAAAGUUGCUGUCAAUGUUCAACAACUUCCUGCAAUGGCACCAGCACCAUCAUCCAUGGCGGUGUCUUCUUCUCUUUUGCCCUCACUCAUGUGUUCCUGCAUUUGGACCAUUCUGGUUAAUGUGCUUUGUUUUCUCAACUUGGUUUUCAUCGAUGGAUUUUAGGUACUGGUACGAGAAUUUGGUUUCUCUGAGCUAUAACGGAGGACAACACAAAACAACUCGGUAGAAAAUCGAAAUAUUCGAUGAUAACAUUGGGAAGAAGCAUUGAUAUGGUUGUUUGUUAUUGAAAGGUUGUGUUGAUGGUUAGAUGUUAGGUUUUUAGGGUUUGUGCAUGUUGCAUUCUAACUAGCCCACAGGGAUGCUUUUGGUCAUGGUGAAGAAAAAACCUUGUUCAUCUUCUAUAUGCUCUGAUUUUAUCUUAUAACUUUUGUUACUCUUUUUUAUGAUUAAAAGUAUAUAUGUAAACAUUU